AUGCUGCCGCUCCUCGCGUGCGGCGACACGUGUGUGAUUGUUAUUCCUGGACGAACGAAAAAAAAACCCGAACACCCGACCGAGCUGGAAUCCCGCGAAGAGGCGAAAAAAUUUCAAGAGGAGGAAAAGAUGGUUCUCGCCGUUGAUCUCCUCAACCCCUCCCCGGCCGCCGAGGCCCGCAAGCACAAGCUCAAGACCCUUGUGCCUGCCCCCCGCUCCUUCUUCAUGGACGUCAAGUGCCCCGGCUGCUUCACCAUCACCACCGUCUUCUCCCACGCCCAGACCGUCGUCAUCUGCCAGGGAUGCACCACUGUCCUCUGCCAGCCUACCGGUGGUAAGGCGAGACUCACUGAGGGCUGCUCUUUCCGCAGAAAGUAA